UCGACGCACGCGCGCACGUACAUCCGCCCUCUUUCUCUCUCUACACGACAGAGGAGAGAAGAGAGAGAAAGUCAGUAAGCGAUGAGCUCUUCGUCUUCUUCUUCCCACCCGACGCGCCACCGCUAGAAACCUCCAGAGAGCCCUGGAAAACCCCCGAUCUCCCCGGCGGCGACCCACGACUCCGGCGACGUCGACACCUCCGGAUCCGACGGCGGCGGCGGCGGCGGCGGCUGCGGCGGCUACUGCAUUGGCGUCGACGAGCGAUGUGGGAUGCUCGAGGCCUUGAUGAGCCUGCUCUCCUCGUGUUGGAACCCCUUCGGGACCAACAGUAAUUCUGGCUCCGGCGGCGGCGGCGGCGGCGGCGGCGGCGGCGGUUGGGGGAGGGAAGGGAAGGACGGGCUGCUCUGGUUCCGGGACCUGGGGAUGCGCGACGGGGAGUUCUCCAUGGCCGUCGUGCAGGCGAACCAGGUGCUGGAGGACCAGAGCCAGAUCGAGUCCGGCCGGUUCGGGACGUUCGUCGGCGUCUACGACGGCCACGGCGGGCCCGACGCCGCCCGGUACGUGUGCGAUCAUCUGUUCCGGCACUUCCAAGCAUUAUCAGCUGAAGCGGAGGGAGUUGUGACAUGCGACACCAUUCAAAGGGCAUAUCAAGAAACGGAGGAGGGAUUUACAGCCCUUGUGUCAGAGUUAUGGAGUACUCGGCCGGAUAUAGCUUCCUGUGGUUCCUGCUGUCUAGUUGGAGUGAUACAUCAGAGGACCCUCUUUGUAGCAAACCUUGGCGACUCUCGGGUAGUAUUGGGCAAGAAGGUUGACAAUACAGAUGGCAUUGCUGCCAUACAGCUAUCAGCAGAGCAUAAUGCGAGUUUUGAGUCUGUCAGGCAGGAACUUAAAGAGCUACACCCAAAUGACCCCCAAAUUGUUGUUCUCAGACAUGGAGUUUGGAGAGUGAAAGGCAUAAUUCAGAUUUCUAGGUCUAUUGGUGAUGUGUACCUGAAGCAUGCACGGUUCAACACGGAACCGCUUAAUCCAAAAUUCAGACUUCCUCAGCCUUUGAAUAUGCCUAUUUUAACUGCUGAUCCGGCAAUUAUCUCUCACCUUAUUCAUCCAAAUGAUUCUUUUCUUAUUUUUGCAUCUGAUGGCCUAUGGGAACAUUUGACUAAUGAGAAAGCAGUAGAGAUUGUCAACAGCCAUCCUCGGGCGGGAAGUGCCAAAAGGCUGAUUAAGGCUGCUCUCCAAGAAGCCGCAAAAAAGCGAGAAAUGCGUUAUUCAGAUCUUCGCAAAAUCGACAAGAAGGUUCGGCGGCAUUUUCACGACGAUAUAACAGUCAUUAUUUUAUUCUUGAACCAUGAUCUGAUAUCCAGAGGCUCUGUGCUAGAUUCACCAAUCUCUAUUCGAAGUGCUUUACAACACUGAUAAUCAAAAUGAAUUCAUGUUUCUUCUGAUUUUGGCCAAAUCCAAGGCAAUUGCGUUUUUAUCA